AGACACUGAGACUAACUGACUUUAUUUACUUUACCACAUUCCUAUGCAACUCUGUCUCCCUUUCAUGGAAUUGGAAUUGAAAUUGAACUGCAAUUUCCUCUUCAAACCAUCCUCACAACAACAAAUUCUUCAAUUUUUCUACCGAUUCGAUGAAGUUCAACUGCCUAUGUCAAUGAUAUGAAGCUCUCUCUCUCUCUCUCUCUCUCUCUCUCUCUCUACCCAUCACUAACACUGUAUCCUCAGCCAGAAGCUAGAGACUAAUCCUUCGAGGUUAAUCAAAAGAUGGAUCGCUCGAGACUUAACUCGAGGGUUCGUUGCUCUGGUUCAACUCCCUCAGAAGAAUCUGCUUUGGAUCUUGAAAGAAACUGCUGUGGUCAUUCUAAUCUGCCUUCACUUAGUCCACCAUCACUUCAACCGUUUGCUUCGUCGGGACAGCAUUGUGAGAGCAAUGCUGCUUACUUCUCGUGGCCUAGCCGCUUGCCUGAUGCUGCCGAAGAGAGAGCAAACUACUUUUUAAAUCUACAAAAGGGGGUCCUACCUGAAACCCUUGGUCGGCUUCCGAAGGGGCAGCAGGCAACCACAUUACUUGAACUCAUGACAAUCAGAGCAUUUCACAGCAAGAUACUGCGUUGUUACAGCCUUGGAACAGCAAUUGGUUUUCGUAUUCGGAGAGGGGUGUUAACAGAUAUUCCUGCCAUUUUGGUAUUUGUUUCCAGGAAAGUUCACAAGCAAUGGCUCAGCCCAAUCCAGUGUCUUCCCACCGCUCUCGAGGGACCUGGUGGAGUAUGGUGUGAUGUAGAUGUGGUGGAAUUCUCGUAUUUCGGUGCACCUGAGCCAGUUCCAAAAGAACAGCACUAUACAGAAAUUGUGGAUGACUUGCGUGGAGGUGAUCCGUGCAUUGGUUCAGGAUCUCAGGUAGCAAGCCAGGAGACCUAUGGAACUCUGGGUGCCAUUGUGAGGAGCCAAACAGGUAGCCGGCAAGUUGGUUUUCUCACAAAUCGUCAUGUAGCAGUCGAUCUAGAUUAUCCAAAUCAAAAGAUGUUUCAUCCUCUUCCGCCCACGUUGGGGCCCGGGGUUUACCUAGGGGCGGUAGAGAGAGCAACCUCGUUUAUAACCGAUGAGCUUUGGUAUGGAAUAUUCGCUGGAAUAAACCCAGAGACGUUUGUGAGAGCCGAUGGAGCGUUCAUUCCUUUUGUUGAUGACUUCGACAUGUGCACUGUUACUACCUCGGUGCGAGGUGUUGGAGAUAUCGGUGAUGUGAAAAUCAUUGACUUACAGUCACCAAUUAGUAGCCUUAUUGGAAAACAAGUGGUUAAGGUUGGAAGAAGUUCUGGCUUGACCACAGGAAUUGUUUUGGCGUACGCCCUAGAGUACAACGACGAGAAGGGCAUAUGCUUUCUAACGGAUUUUCUUGUUGUUGGUGAGAACCAACAAACUUUUGACCUCGAAGGAGACAGUGGAAGUCUAAUCAUGUUUAAAGGUGACAACGGUGAGAAGCCACGACCAAUUGGGAUCAUCUGGGGAGGGACCGCUAACAGAGGCCGCCUUAAGUUAAAAGUCGGGCUACCUCCCGAGAAUUGGACUAGUGGCGUUGAUCUAGGUCGUCUUCUCAAUCUACUUGAACUUGAUUUGAUAACAAGUGAUGAAGGACUUAGAGUGGCAGUGCAAGAACAAAGGGCUGCUUCGGCAACAGUAAUGGGCUCUACCGUUGGUGAUUCCUCGACACCCGACGGUAUGCUUCCGAAAGAUAGAGCCGAAGACAAAUUCGAGCCACUUGGUCUUCAAAUCCAGUCUAUUCCUUUAGGAGUUGAACCUAGCAGCCAGGAAACAAAACCUUCAAUCAUGGAAACUGAAUUUAAAUUAGAAGAUGGAAUCAAGGUAGGCGGUCCAAGUAUCGAACAUCAGUUUAUUCCGAGUUUCAUUGGGCGGUCACCGAUGCACAAAAACACCGUGCAUGACAGAGAUGCAGCGGCAGAGAAUUUGUCUUCAUUGAGAAAUGGAUGUGAUGAAGAUUUAUGUGUUUCGUUGCAGCUGGGCGAUAAUGAAGCUAAGAGAAGGCGUUCAGAAGCAUCGACAAGUACCGAGGAACCUUAGUGAAACAAACAAAUAAUAAUUAGCAAAAGCUUGAAAAACUGACUUGUUACAGAGUUAAUCGCCUUAGAAUGUGUUGUAGCAGCAAUGAUAUCAGUGGAACUCAGAUUAUCUAUGAAGUUAUAACUCAGUAUCUCUGUUUUUUUUUCUUCUUUAGAUAAAAUAGUAAAAAUAUUCACUUCGGAUUCGAAUUUAACAAUUUCUGUAGUUGAGUUAGAUCUUGCGGAUAACUUUAUAUCUAUGUAAGUGCUUGAUCUUUGGGGUUUUGGUAGAGA